AUGAUAGGCCCGCUACGCUAUUGUACCCACAUAAAACAUAUGAACUACACCCCCAUAGUAUUCAAUAAUCCGAAUGUAGGAACCGUAUUCAAUGGCCUGGUAAAUCGUCUAAACUACUCACAAGACAAGAAGGGAUGUUGUAAAGAUAUCGCGCAGACUACUGGGAAAAAAGUAGAGCCAUGGCCAAAGACAGACCCACCGACCCAGCCGUGGCGGGCCGAGUGCUCGCAGGAGCCCCAGCCUCCCAACUACGACCCCUACAGGAUAAAAGUCCCCGACGUUGUCGUGCCGCCUCUACCGGCUAGCAAUGUUAAGCCUAUGCUUGACUGCGCGCGGCAGAGAGGCCCCUGUUCAUUGAAGCCGGUACUACCGCCGCCGCCGCCACCACCGCCUCCUCCACCGCCAUUUCCAUGGAUUUAUGUGUGGGCACUGUUAUCGUUUUUUGGUGCGUUUGGUCUGGCGUAUAAAUUGUAUUUGUGGAGAGAAAUGCGGGAGGUCGCGAGUGAAAAAUUUGUAUGGCGGCCGCGUCGAAAGAUUAAGCGGCCAUACCACGACAGGGAUCUACCGCCUUGUGUGCAGUAUCUUAUUAUAGGCACCGGUGCCGCCGGCUGGGCCGCAUACAGAGCUAUCAUGCAGCACGACAAACGAGCCAAGGUGUUCUUUGUCACGAAAGAAGACUCGGUACCGUACCAGAGGCCGCCCCUCAGUAAAGAGAUGUGGCUGAACCCGGACCCGCCUGACCCGAAAGUUCUGACUUACGUCCAAGAUGAAAAGCGGAAAACAAUGUUGAACGCAGAGUGCAGAGAUUUUUUGGACUCCGUACAAUUUUAUCGGAAGAAAAGAGGUCCAGCGGUGUCCAUUGCGUCAGGAUGGUGUGUGACGAGGAUCGAUGCGGAUGACCACGUGGCGUACGUCAAGACAUUGAGUGGCGAACGUCCUAUAUACUACGAGCGUUGUCUCCUCGCACCAGGUGUUAAGGCUAAAAAUCUAUCCAUUGUCAAAUCUGCGCCGAAGCAAGUAAGAGAAAAAGUGUGCACGUUGAGAACCGUCAGAGACUUCGAGAUAGCGUACAGAAAAGUAAAAGAGGCGCAACAUGUCACAGUCAUUGGCGCUGGUCCACUGGGCUGUGAACUGGCGUGGCAUCUCGGCAGGAUGAACAAGAUAUUCCCUCGGGAAGACACUCCUCCACUGGAACUGGUGCACGUGUACAAGGACAAGGGCAUCCUGUCAGGUAUCCUGCCGGAGUACCUCGGCGUCUGGGCUGCAGAGCACAUCAAGUGCGAGGGCGUCAAACUUGUACCCAACGCUCAAGUGUACGAUGUAUUCGAGUCAGAGGACGGACGACUUGAACUGACGCUAUCAAAUGGCUCGUCCAUUAUCACAGACUAUGCGUUCGUGGCGAUAGGUGCGGAGCCGCGCAUAGAUUUGGCGGAAGAAUCGUUUCUGGAGCGGGACGAAGUCAACGGCGGCUACCUCGUCAACACCGAGCUCGAGGCGCGCACGCAUCUCUACAUCGCGGGGGACGCGGCGAGCUACUACUCGCAGUGGAAGGACACGCGGCUGCGCGCCGAGCACUACAUCAACGCGGAGGAGCAGGGACACAUCGCCGGCGCCAACAUGACCGGCUUCUGGAUCCCCUGCAACAUGGAGCCCAACUUCUGGGUCAAGCUCGGAGAGUCGCUGCAGAUGGAGGUGGUUGGUGAAGCCGGAGCCUGUUUGCCCAUCGUGGGCCUGUUCAAGGACUGCAGCGACGAGGAGUCGGUAAAGGAAGCAGAUAAAAUAUUGGGCCCAGAUGAGAAGAGGAAGUGCUUCAUUAACAAGAACGCGGAGUACUUCAACAGAUACAAGCGCGGGUUGUUGUUCUACCUGCGGGAUGAGACCGUGGUCGGGUUCACAUUCUGGAACAUGCCGCCCAUUGAGGACCGCAAGGCCGUCGCCACAGAGUUACUUCGCGCGAAGCCGACGUAUCACGACAUCAACUUGCUGGCGGAGCUGCUCGGCUUCCCCGGGACUCUCUGCGUCUACCCCACAGCUGCUGAGGAGGCUAAAAAAGCGGGCCCUUGUCUUACUAAUGUCAAGACAUGGUAA